AUGGACAGCCCCUGGAACAGCAGCUACGGAGCGGAGGAACCACCGUGGGCCUCACCACUGCCCUGCAACGAGCGCAGAUGUUCGUCCUUUCCCCUGGGGGCUCUGGUUCCAGUCACCGCCGUGUGCCUGGGUCUGUUUGCCGUCGGGGUAAGUGGCAACGUGGUGACAGUGCUACUGAUCUGGCGCUACCAGGACAUGCGGACUACAACCAACUUGUACCUGGGCAGCAUGGCCAUGUCCGACCUGCUCAUCCUGCUCGGGCUCCCCUUCGAUCUGUACCGCCUGUGGCGUUCUCGGCCCUGGGUGUUCGGACCCCUGCUCUGCCGCCUAUCUCUCUACCUGGGCGAAGGCUGUACCUACGCCACGCUGCUGCACAUGACCGCACUCAGCGUCGAGCGCUACCUCGCCAUCUGCCGCCCGCUCCGCGCCCGCGCCUUAGUCACCCGGCGCCGAGUGCGCGCGCUCAUUGCGGCACUCUGGGCCACCGCUCUGCUCUCUGCGGCGCCUUUCUUCUUUCUGGUGGGGGUUGAGCAGGACACGAGCUUUGACUGGGCCCUGGAACUUAACGGCACCAUGCCGCGCACUCCUUCGCCCCUCUGGUCCUCGCCGGGUCCUUGGCUGUCCCCUCCGUCGGGGCCAGAGGCAGCAGCCGCCGCAGCUCUGUUCAGCCGCGAGUGCCGGCCGAGCCCGGCUCAGCUGGGGGCGCUACGCGUCAUGUUGUGGGUCACCACCGCCUACUUCUUCCUGCCCUUCCUGUGCCUCAGCGUCCUCUACUGGCUCAUCGGGCGGGAGCUGUGGAGGAGUCCAGGGCUGCUGCAAGGCCCGGCUGCCUCCGCGAGGGAAAAGGGCCACAGACAGACCAUCCGCGUGCUGUCGGUAGUGGUUCUGGCAUUUGUAGUUUGUUGGUUGCCUUUCCACGUUGGCAGAAUCAUAUAUAUAAACACAGAAGAUUCCCGGAUGAUGUACAUCUCUCAGUAUAUUAACAUUGUUGCCUUGCAACUUUUCUAUCUGAGUGCCUCUAUCAACCCGAUUCUCUACAACCUCAUUUCAAAGAAGUACAGAGCAGCAGCCUGGAAACUGCUGGGGUCCAGACUGUCCAGACAGAGGGGUUUCUGCAGAAGCAAGGACAUGGAAGAGGAUCUGGGAGGAGACACAGCUGGCUACACUGAGACUAGCUCUCAUGCAAAGACGCUGUCCAUCAGCACGGCUAAGCCAGUCACCUCCUCUCACAGGCCUGGGACUUCAGAGAAAACAGGAACAUGUGGGUCUGUCUCCAGCUUGUCAGACCUCAACGCAUGCUCACCCACUCCAACUAAACAAGUCAGUGAAUUUAGCCCAGGGAAAGAGGAGGAUUUGGAGGUUCUGACCAACUCUAACUUAGGUUUAUGUUUUAAACUAAAAAACAAGGCACUUUUCAGAGGGCUGCAGUUAGGCUUCCUCCAAAAGGCCUCACUCAACACAUCCCUCUGUGUGAAGGGCACCCCUUAA